CCUGACAAGCUCGGCCUGACAAGUUCGACUCGCCACUCUUCACUAUUUGUGAAGAAGCUACCCCCACUUUCAGAGCCGAGCUGCUUAUUAUUCUUGUGCCAGGCUUUAGGAUUGGCGGCUGCUGUAAGACUUAGACGGGUCUAAGUAGGCUGUUUUUUGGCUGGGUCUUUCAGUCAGUCGCCAUUCUUCCUGCAUUGCGCCUGCGCUGUACGCCAUAUGAUCGUGCUCCAUUAUUACAUUCGGAGGCUGAAGCAGUUUUUGCUGCAGCACGGGCUCUGCUAAGCAGCCCUUUUUGCCUCAGCACGGAGGUUGACGCCAAUCUCCUACCGCACUGAAGCAGGCGAACGAGAUCUGAAGCAUAAUUCUGUUCCCUCCGCCACGUCAUUCAAGCACCAUCAGCAGGAUUGAAGGGCUAGAGCACCAUCAGAGCAGCAUUAGGAGGGUUGAAGGGCUAAUAGAGCACCAUCAGUCUCGUUUGAUCGUAGGAUGGGACCUUCCCAGAAGCGUUGAGCUGACUCAUAUCAAGCGGUCUUGACGUUUCAGAAUCGAGUGGGCUAGUUAUUCAAUAAUCGUUUUGAAGCGCGCACUGAUAGGCUUUCACCCUUCCGCGUGCCAUCAUGGCCAUGCGCUUGCUGCUCCAGCACGCCACCCCCCUUGCGCCGUUUCCUCUUGCGCCAGCGCACGCCACGCGCGCGCGGAGAACCAUCGGCGCAAGCAGCCUACUCGCGCAGGGAAGAGCUCCGCGCGCCGAUGCGCGAAGCCUCAGAAGCAGCGGAUCAUCUGUGUUCGGCGUUCCCCGCGCGCUUGGUUGCGCCAGGAGCAUUUCUGAGGCGCCUGAAAAUAGGCGCAAUGCGACCCCUGCAAGCAAAGCCGUCCGCGGACCAGUCCGCGCGGAGGCUUCCGCUGACGCUGGCAGAGGCGGCAGAGAGGGCCAGCGCGCGGAAGCGGAGUGGCGGAACGAGGCGGAGACUGGAAAAGGCCGGGGGGAAGGAACGAGAAAGCAUCGGGUGACUUUGGCUGCGAUGCCGUCCUCCCUCCGACCUCUGGUUCUAGCAGCAGCGCUGGUGGCAGCAUCAGCAGCAGCGCUGCUAGGAUGGAGCCCUCUUCGCCCCACUGCCUGUCUGCCUCCGCCUGCUGCCGCUUCUGCUGUUCAGAUCCCUCUAGGCGCGCCUGAGGCCAAGCCUCUCGGUCGGCUGUCCAAGCGAGCCCGCCUGCUGUACUGGCUGGACAACCUCUUCGCCACUGAGCCCAACAGCAAGGCCCUCACGCUGCUGGCCAUCUGCAUGCUGCUGACUGCGGUGGGAGGGCUGCUCUACAAGGCAGCAGCGGUGGCGUCCAAUGACGACUUGCCACUGGGCGAGUCCGUAUGGGUGUCAUGGACGUUCGUCUCGAACCCCAGCGAGCACGUCAAUGAGGCUACUGGUCCCAAACGUGUGGUGAGCGCAGUGGUAUCAGUUGGCGGAAUGCUCUUCUUUGCGUUGCUGGUGGGUCUGGCAACGGACCUGGUGGCCAGCAAGGUGGAUCAGCUGGAGCAGGGCAACGGGGCCGUCAUAGAGAGCAACCACACACUCGUGUGCGGUUGGACCCCCAAGACCAUUCCCUUGGUGCGAGCGCUGGUGGAGGCAGGGGAGCGGCCGUCAGUGGUGGUGCUGGCGGACAGGGAGACCCAGGAGAUGGACGGCGAGCUUCUGGAGGCUGUGCCGGUCGAAGAGAGAGGAGGGAUGCGGGUCAUGACUCGCCACGGCGACCCCCUCAAAGCAGCGGAUCUCAACCGCUGCUCUGCCUCCCAGGCAGCCUCCAUUGUCAUCCUCUCGCCCCAGCUGCCCUCUCGCCACCAGGCUGAUGCUCAGGUGCUGCAAACCGCCAUGGCACUGGCAGUGCUUCCUGAAAUCCAGGGUGACGUGGUUGCUGAGCUGGCAUGCCCCGAGAACACCAUGCUGCUGGGGCAGCUGCACGCGAGCCUGAUGAAGCGGCUGGAUAGAGCCAGGCAGCAGCACAUGGUCGGGUCAUCGCCAUCAUCAGACCCGUCUCGCAUCGUCACACACGCCGGCUCAGCAGCUACUGCCAUCGCCUCUUCGUCAUCUCCCUCCACUACCACUACCAGCGCCACCACCACUGCUGCCACUGCCACCACUACUACCACAGCCAAAAUAAACCCCUCAACAAUCACCCCUGACGGUACUGCAGCUGCCUCAGCACUACCUUCCACCACCAACCGCUCUCCUGCCGUCCCCGCUGCGCCGGCCAGUCGAGCCAGGGCCGGCUCGCGUGCGGCGGUGAGGCGGCGCAAGCUGGUGCCGGUGGAGACGGGCGGCAUGGCUCUGCGGCGGCUGGUGGACCUGGCGCUACAGCCGGCCGGCUCUGCUGUAGCUGCUGAGAUGCUAAGUUUCAAGGGAGCUGAGUUUCAUUUUAAGGAAUGGAGGGAGCUGGAGGGACGGACCUUUGCCGAGGCAAUGUUUCUGUUUGAGGAUGCUGUGCCGUGCGGCGUGCAGCAGAUGGUUGGCACGGAGGACGAGAGGACGCUCAUCAACCCCCCUGGGGACACUGUGAUUGAGCCUGGGGACCGCCUCCUGGUCAUCGCUGAGUCAGCAGACAGCUACGCGCCACGUAAGCCGACAGCUGAGUCAGCAAAGGAGCGCGAGCUGGUGGAGAAGCGUAUGGCGUCCUUUGCGACGCCGUGGCACUACGACAGCCUGCCACGUGGCAACGUGCGGCGCCGCCACAACGUGCUCAUCGCGGGCGAGUGGAGGGAUGACGUGGCAGAGGCCCUCCUGCUGCUCGGUGCCAAGCUGGCCCCCCGCAGUCAGGUGGCAGUGAUGGUCGACUCCCCUUCCCUCUCCGCAGCACAGCAGCGGCUCAACCCCUUCAUGAAGCCAGGCGGCCUCAACCUCAACCUUUCCCUCUAUCACGGCCAUCUGGGCUCCAUGGCAGACCUAGAAAAGGUCCCUCUAGAAGCCUUCGACACAGUAAUCGUCCUCGCCCCUCGCAACCAGCACCCCUCUCCGCCCGACCAGCAGCAGCAGCAGAGGCGGGACGACGAGGGGACAGACCGAGGAGACAGUUACAGCAGCAGCAGCAGCAGCGGUAGUAGUAGUGAUGGGGGUGAUGGGGUGCUGAUGCCGUCCGCCUCAGUGACUGCCAUGAUGAUCCGAACGAUUCAGAAGGAGCGAGGGCAGGCGAGUGCCACUUUGCUGGCUGAGAGUGACACGGCGGUGGAGGGGAGGGGGGAGGGAGGGGAGGAGGGGGAGGGGCAUGGGGAGAGUGAGAGCGGGGUGCGGCCGGCGGCGGUGGUGGAGGGGGGUAUGCUGGAUGAGGUGCAGCAGAAGUGGCUGAAUGCCAGUGUGGAUACCAAUGUGGUGCAUGCCCGCAUUCUGGCCCACACUGCCAUGGACCCAGAUGUCGGCGGCGUAUUGGACGAGAUCGUGAGUGGGUCGGGCUCGUCACUCUCCUUGGAGGAUGCCACUUCCUUCCUUGUGGACGGCGAAGCACUCUCCUUCUUCGAUCUCCAGAGCCGAGUUCUGCGUCGCCGCAAGCUGAUGAUAGCAUAUAAUUGUGCUAAUAACGGAGGCAAGUGGCAGCUGAAUCCCCAAGAUAAGAACACACCUCUAAUGUGGCGAACAGGCGACCGCCUUGUGGUGCUUUCUUGAAUUUGUGUGCUCGGACGGGUGAAAGGAUGAUAGAUGGUCGUUAAUAUUUCAUAAUUUCAUAUUUCAUAAUAAGUUGUACGUUAUCUCCAUACUGUGCAUUGUAUCCACAUCCCUAGUGUGGAAUGUAUGAAUUCCGCUUGAUAUGGUGUGAGUAGUUCUAGUAGUUCAAUAGUUCUAUGUUAAUUCUAUCCUGAC